AAUAUUUAAUAUAUCUAUCUGAUCCCUGACCCCUCUGACGCCACAACCCACCGGCUUUAGGCGGUCAAUACGACCGGUGAAUGCCGGUUAGCCGAAGGAGACUGGUUAGAAAUUGACCGUGGUUGAAAUGAUUGCCCGUAGUUUUGACCACUCUGGUUAAGUCUCGGCUUCUCCCCCAGACAAAGAGAGAGAAUGAUAGAGAAGAGAGAGACAAGAGGCGAAGGGGGGUAGAGAGAGAAGAAGAAAGAGAAGGGGUAGAGAAUUGCUAAGCUCAACACAAAACCUGCGGUGGUUGCAGUAAGAUAGAGAAGUAAGAAAGGAAGGCGACGAGAGUAAGCGAGAGACAGCUGGAGAAGAUUUUCCGUGCAAUUGAGCGUUGAUUUUUUGGUCUCUCUGAGAUUGUGUUGUUGUUUGUGGGGGGGAUUCGUUGCUCCGAUCGGAAGCUGGAGACAUUGAAAGGCCGGAGAUGGUGGAUUAGUAUGGAAAUUUCAGCUGAUUUUCAAGAGAUCUGAGCCUGUGGGAGUCAUCCAGUUUCGUUUAUGGCGUCUUCUGAGAUUUCGAUGAAAGGUAACAGUGGGAACGUCAGAGUAGAGAGCUUUUCUUCUGCUUACAGCGAGUCUAACGACGGUAGGAAAGCUAUGGAUGGUCAGAAAGGAGGUGUUGCUCAUUCCAGUGCUCCCAUGGACGCUGAGGCUGCGCUGUACAAGGAGCUAUGGCAUGCCUGUGCUGGUCCUUUGGUGAUGGUUCCUCGUAAAGGACAGCUUGUUUUCUACUUCCCUCAGGGACACAUCGAGCAGGUCGAGGCGUCCACCAACCAGGGGGCAGACCAGCAGAUGCCACUGUAUAAUCUUCCGUCAAAGAUCCUAUGUCGUGUGCUUAAUGUUGAGCUUAAGGCCGAACCUGACACUGAUGAGGUGUUUGCACAAUUGACCUUGUUGCCGGAGGCUAGUCAAGAUGAGAAUGCAGUGAAGAAGGAGUCACCACUGCCUCCUCCUCCGAGAUUUCAUGUACACUCGUUUUGCAAGACCCUGACUGCAUCCGAUACCAGCACUCAUGGUGGAUUUUCAGUGCUUAGGAGGCAUGCUGAUGAGUGUCUGCCACCACUGGAUAUGUCGAGACAACCUCCAACCCAGGAGUUGGUUGCCAAAGAUCUACAUGGCAUUGAAUGGCGUUUCCGUCAUAUUUUUCGAGGUCAACCUCGUAGGCAUUUGCUUCAAAGUGGAUGGAGUGUUUUUGUUAGCUCUAAAAGACUGGUUGCUGGUGAUGCCUUCAUAUUUCUAAGAGGCGAAAAUGGGGAGCUCCGUGUUGGUGUCAGGCGCGCAAUGAGACAGCAAGGAAAUGUCCCCUCCUCUGUGAUCUCCAGUCACAGCAUGCAUUUGGGCGUUCUAGCCACAGCCUGGCAUGCAAUUUCUACUGGAACCUUGUUCACUGUGUAUUAUAAACCAAGGACAAGUCCAGCAGAGUUCAUUGUCCCAUUCGAUCAGUACAUGGACUCAGUAAAAAACAACUAUUCCAUUGGCAUGAGGUUUAAAAUGAGGUUUGAAGGAGAAGAAGCUCCCGAGCAAAGAUUUACCGGGACAAUAGUUGGGAUUGAAGAUGCUGACCCAAAUAGGUGGCAAGAGUCGAAAUGGAGAUGCCUGAAAGUGAGAUGGGAUGAGACUUCGACCAUACCUCGUCCUGAACGAGUUUCUCCCUGGCAAAUAGAACCUGCUUUGGCCCCUCCUGCUCUGAGUCAACUCCCAAUGCCGAGGCCAAAAAGACCCCGAACAAAUAUUGUCCCCUCAUCACCUGAUUCUUGUGUGCUCUCUAGAGAAGUUUCAUCCAAAGUAACUGCAGACCCUGCUCUGCCAGCUGGUGGAUAUGCGAGGGUCUUGCAAGGUCAAGAAUUCGUGACCUCGAGAGGCAAUUUCACUACCGAGAGUAACGAGUCGGAAACAGCUGAAAAGUCUGUUAUGUGGCCACUGUCUGUGGAUGAUGGAAAGGUUGAUAUGGUUUCUACUGGUAGAAGAACUGGACAAGAGAGCUGGAUGCCCUCUGCUAGGCUUGAGCCAACUUACACAGAUUUGCUGUCUGGCUUUGCUGGAAAUGCUGCUGAUUCUUCCCAACAUGGUUAUUCUUCUUCAACCUUCGCUGACCGAAGUUCUGUUCCUGUGAGGAAGCAUGCAAUUAUAGAUCAGGAUGGGAAAUUCAACUUGGUUGGUGAUUCAUGGUCCUUGAUGUCAUCGAGCCUUUCACUCAAGAUGUCGGAUACCAACACGAAAGCUUCAGGACAAGGUAGUGAUUAUUUAGGUCAUCAUCCAGUGCGGUCAAACCUUAGAUACAGUGCAUUUAGUGAGUAUGCUAGGGGAGCUGACCAGUCACAUCUGAACUGGUUGAUGCCUCCGCCAUCAUCAUCUCAGUUUGAGCAUCAUCAUCCCCAAUCAAGAGAAAUGAUAUCAAAGAAUAUUCUGGCACCAGAGCCUGGGAAGUCCACUGAUGGGAACUGCAAGCUGUUUGGCAUUCCUCUCAUUGGUAACUCUUUGGUUCCCGAGGCAGCCAUUUCGCCUAAUAAGAAAGUUACGAAUGACUCGGUUUGCCAUACUAAAGGAAAUGAGGCUAGUCAACAUCAUCAUCCACUUGAUGCUGAUCAGCCGGAAUCAAGGAGUUGCAAAAUAACUAAUGACAGCGAGCACGAGAAACGAUUACAACAGGGCCAUUCACGAGACAAUCUUGGGAAGUCGCAAAGUGGUUCAACUAGGAGUUGUACCAAGGUUCACAAGCAGGGGAUUGCCUUGGGGAGAUCAGUUGAUCUGAGCAAGUUCAGCAACUAUGAAGAACUGAUAUCUGAAUUGGACCGCUUGUUUGAAUUUGGUGGUGAACUGGAUGACCCGAAGCAGAAUUGGAUGAUUGUGUACACUGAUGACGAGGGAGACAUGAUGCUUGUUGGAGAUGACCCUUGGCAGGAAUUUGUUGGGAUGGUCCGUAAGAUUUUCAUCUACACCAGGGAAGAAGUACAGAAGAUGAAUCCAGGGAGCUUGAAUCCGAAGUGCAGCAAUAAUUCUGAUGGAGAAGGCGGCGGGGAGAUGAAGCAGUCGGGUGGAUGCGCGUUGCCGUCUGGCUCGGACAACUGCUAGAAAGCAGAGUUCUUUCAGUCGAUAGGUGGGUUUUGGGAUCACAAAUGCAUUAUGCGAGGCAGUAGGUGCGGAGCUAAAAUGAAAUCAUGACGUGUUUUGUUUUGGUGUUGUGGUUGCAGAUUUUGGGGCUGCUGAUAUAUAUUAUGAAUAGUAUUGAUGGAUGGUGUUAGUUGGUGGAGGAGCAUUUUGAGAAGGGAAGGCAGGUAGCAGUGGGUAAUUAGAUGGAGCAGUAUAAAAUCCAGUUUUGGACGAUUUCUGGAGUUUAGUUUCCAAUGGUCUCUCUCUCUCUCUCUCUCUCUCUCUCUAUAUAUAUAUAUAUAUAUAUAUAUAUAUCUAAGAUAGUAGGGUAAGCAAAAGCAAGCAAAAAAGGAGGAAAAUGAAUGAUGUGUAAGUGUAAUGGCUUCCCACUCCCCCGCCCGCUGCUAUAGGGUUGAUUGAAGCAGUGAUGAUUAGUAAGUAGCAUUGCAGUUUUCAUCUAUCCUUGCUGUAAAUAGAGGAUUGGUUUUCUUAGUCCCUUGCCUCCCCUGCCUGGAAUGGAUGUAAAGCUUUUCUAAAGAGUUAAGUGUAUACAUGGGUGUAGUAGUGGGCUUUAUUAAGUAAAGCCUCUUACAUCGUGGCAGCUUUUAAAAAAAAUUUGUUAUAUAAAAUUGGCCUUUACAUCCCUUUGCCCAUAUGGAACUCUGUAUGUGGAGGACGAGGGUGAUAUGCUUCCCCAAUUGCUGAGGGAGUGGGGAGUGAGCGGUUGGUAGGGAAGGGAAGGGAAGGGAAGGGAUGGUCCCCUACAACUACAACUACAAUACAAUACAACUAGUCAGAGUCUGAUAUGAGGGCGGGGCAGAGCAUGUGCGAGCGCUGAGGGGCGGCUCCCAAUCUGAAUCUGGUGUGGGGCGUGACGCGUGUGAAUAUUGAUGGGUGGUGGGGUUGUUAGGAGAAGAGGGAAGGGGAUGGAACUGUCUGUCAGCAAAACCCACCCACGAAAGAUAGAAGAUAAGGGUUUUCUUUCUUUGUUGCUGCUGCCUCCCAAAGGGAAGAGCAUAUAGCCAUAUUACAUAGUAAGACAAUAUACACCACUUUUGCAUGUCAAAUCAUAAAAAUAAGAAGUAAAAGAUUUUUGCAGGUCCGACAAUAAUAGGACUUUUAUGCCACGAUAUAGGCAGCUCUAUGCUAUCUUUUCGAAAAUAAGCAUAAUCCAUAACUUAACCUCUACACUUUGCUGGGAGAAAGUUAUAGAUCGAGCCCAUUGAAGUUGAAUGCAGUGCAUGCAGCCAACUCAUUUUGUUGGAUUGGUAACCUCAUCAAGACCUUCAACAUAGAAGCAACCUAACCGCGUGGAGGGUAAAAAGUACCAGAGGCCUCCUACGAACAAACAUAGCCCAAAGCUAUAGGCCCGUAUAAACAAGCACGUUGAUGUGGUGGGCCAUCUGUCGACUUAACCAGGGUUGGGUUAAUUGCACCCGAUGGCACUUAAGUGCUAAUAAUGUUGCAGGGUUAGC